UGCGCGAUGAGCGGAGAGGCGCCGAGAGAAGCGAGGAUGUCGAUCAAGUCAGGCCUCGUCUUCGAGCGAAGCCUCAUCGAAAACUACAUCCAGGAUCAUGGUACUUGUCCUAUUACAGGGGAACCCCUGUCAAUGGAGGAUAUCAUGGAAGUGAAAGGAAACUGCUACGUGAAAGGCCGCCCUGUGAAGUCUACCAGCAUUCCUGGGAUGCUUAGCAUAUUCCAAGAGGAAUGGGAACAAACAGUGCGCGAAUGCGUGGUUUUACGAAAGCUGCUAGAGCAAACGAGACAAGAGCUCUCGCACACAUUGUACCAACACGAUGCUGCCUGCCGGGUGAUCUCAAGGCUCAUGAAGGAACGCGAUGAGGCACGCGAGGCUCUGGUCAAGGCGUCCGCCAAGGGGGAGUUUUCUCUGCCAUCAGCAGGAGCAGCGUCCAACGGUGUGAAACCAACGAGCGGCAAUGAUAGCAUGGAGCUGGAUGACGGUGAAGGCAUCUCAGAAGCUGUGAAGGCCAAGAUGACAGAGGUAUCCACAACCUUAUCCAAAAACCGAAAGAAGCGAGAAGUAUCAGCCACUUUGACCCCUGAAGAUCAAAUAAGCAAAUUCACUGAAAAGAAGGCCUUUCCCGUGCACAUGGCCAAUGCGAUUCUUUGUCUGGAUUUGCAUCCCAAUCGUGAAAAUCUCACAGUCACAGGAGGUGCAGAUAACAAGGUUGUGAUCUUUGAUCAGAAAACAGAACAAGCCGUUCACAAGAUAGCAGCACAUUCCAAGAAAGUCACGUGUGUUCAGUUCCAUCCAGCAGCUGAGCUAGUUUUUUCCGCUUCAGCCGACAAGACCGUCAAAGUGUGGUCAAGCACCAGCGGAGAGAAUGUGUAUACAUUUAAGGAACAUCAAGGAGAAGUAACGGGCGUCACUCUGCACGCCACUGGUGACUUCAUCGUGUCCGCGUCACAUGACAAGACUUGGGCCCUACAUGACUUGGCACUGGGAAAGUGCAGGAAAAUCGUCUCAGAAGCUUCGAUAACCUCGGGAUAUAGUGCUGCCUCCUUUCAUCCUGACGGCCUUAUCUUAGGCACGGCGACUGUGGACAAGUUGGUGAGAGUCUGGGACGUGAAGACUCAGCAGAAUGUCGUCACUUUCGCAGCGCAUCCAGGGGAGGUCAACAGCAUCAACUUCUCUGAGAAUGGAUACUACGUCUGCACGGCUGGAGGGGAUGGAUUCAAGAUUUGGGACCUCCGUAAAGUUGCCAAGAUGAGCGGGCAAGCUGUUGCUGUCAAGCAUUUUUCCGGGGAUGGAGAGGGGAAUGACGCUGUUUUCGACUACAGCGGUUUGUAUCUUGCCUGUGCGGGAGCAACUUCGCUUCAGGUUUAUCAUACCAAGUCACUCAACGAAGUCCUUUCCGUACCCAAGGCGCACUCCAAGUCCGUCUCAGGCGUCCGCUUUGGUCCUGACGCGAAGUUCGUUGUCACAGCCUCAAAGGAUCGGCAGCUCAAGAUCUUUUCCUCGUGAAGGUUCCAGCAACGUGAAGGGAAUGAGGGCUGGAGUUGUUUCUUUCUUUCAGUUGAGUUUGAUGUGCCUGUAUAAGUGAAUGAAGGGCUGCGAAAGUC